UCAAUCUGAACAAUGACUCCACAGCGGAGGCUAGAGAGACAGUAGAAUGCGCUGUAUCGCACACAGUUUUUAUGUUGUGAUGCUGUUUUUUCAUGUGUCUUCAAUGCACAAACCGUAAUUAUGUGGAUACCUACAGAACACGAAAAAUACGGCGUCGUGUUGGCGAGCUUUCGAGGGAGUGUGCAACAUGGCUUGCCGCUGGAGAUUGGGGACACAGUGCAGAUACUGGAGAAAUGUGAAGGCUGGUACAGAGGGUUUAUUCUGAAGAAUCCCAAUGCCAAGGGGAUUUUCCCAUCAAGCUACAUUCACUUGAAAAAUGCUCAUAUCAAGAACAAAGGGCAGUUUGAGACUGUCAUUCCCACCGAGGACUCUGUCAUCACGGAAAUGACAUCGACCUUGAGAGACUGGGGUACCAUGUGGAAGCAGCUUUACGUGAAAAAUGAGGGAGACCUGUUCCACCGGCUGUGGCACGUGAUGAAUGAGAUUCUGGACCUGCGGCGGCAGGUUCUGGUGGGGCACCUCACUCACGACCGAAUGAAGGACGUUAAGCAGCACAUCACAGCCCGACUCGACUGGGGCAACGAGCAGCUGGGCUUGGACCUGGUCCCCAGGAAGGACUUCAGCAUGGUGGACCCGGAUGACAUCAGUGUCACGGAGCUCUACAGGCUGAUGGAACACAGACAUCGGAAGAAAGACACGCCGGUACCCGCCAGCACACAUCACCUGUUUGUUCAGAUGAAGAGCCUAAUGAGCUCCAACCUGGGAGAGGAGCUGGAGGUUUUCUUCUCCAUCUACGACAGCAGAGAGAACCGGCCGCUGAGUGAACGCUUCUUUGUGCGGCUGAAUAAACAGGGGGUGCCCAAAUCGCCAGAGAAAACGGAAAGACAGUGCACCCUUUUUGUAGAUUUGGGCAGCAGCGAUCUUAGAAAAGAUGUGUAUAUUGUAGCUCACAUUAUACGAAUAGGGCGGAUGGGCGCGGGGGAGAAGAAGAAUGUGUGCAGCGUGCAGUACAGACGGCCCUUCGGCUGCGCGGUGGUCAGCAUAGCCGACCUCCUCACCGCCGACUCCAAGGACGACCACCUCCUCAAGGUUUACACCUGCAACACAGAAAGUGAAUGGUAUCAGAUACACGAGAACAUCAUCCGAAAAGUCAACUCCAGGUACAACCUCUCCGGCUCCAACACUGGCCUUGCCGUUUCUCUCCAGCUGCUCCAUGGAGAUAUCGAGCAGAUCCGGAGGGAGUACAUGGUCCUGUUCGCCCGCGGCGUGUCCAUCACCAAGAAACUGGGCUUCUCCGACAUCAUAAUGCCAGGUGAAAUGAGGAAUGAUUUGUACAUAACUCUGGAGAAAGGAGAGUUUGAGAAGGGUGGGAAGAGCGUGGCCAGAAAUGUGGAGGUUACUGUGUAUGUGCUGGAUAUUGAUGGGCAGAUCCUCAAGAGCUCUGUCUCAGCGGGAUCUGGAGAGCCCGGGGGCGACGAGUACCACUCCUUUGUGCUGUACCACAACAACAGCCCCAGGUGGGCCGAGCAGAUCAAGCUGCCGAUCCCCGUGGACAUGUUCAGGGGGUCGCACGUUCGCUUCGAGUUCAGGCACUGCUCCACGAAAGAGAAGGGCGAGAAGAAGCUGUUUGGCUUCUCCUUCGUCCCCCUGAUGCAGGAGGACGGGCGCACGCUGCCGGACGGCACCCACGAGCUCGUCGUCCACAAGUGUGAAGAGAGCGCUAACCUCCACGACUCCGCACGCUACCUCAAGCUGCCGUUCUCGAAAGGAAGCCUCCCAGGGAACAAUCAAGCCGCGAAGGGCACCAAGGAGUUGUUCUGCGUCACGUCCUUCCUGUGCUCGACGAAGCUCACGCAGAACGGCGACAUGCUGGAUCUGCUCAAAUGGAGGGCCCAUCCAGAGAGGAUCAAUGACAGCCUGACCAAACUUAAGGACAUUGAUGGCUCUGAAAUAGUCAAGUUUUUACAAGAUACACUGGAUACGCUCUUCGGCAUUUUAGACGAAAAUUCUCAGCGAUACGGGUUGAAGGUUUUCGAUUGUCUCGUUCACAUAAUAAAUUUGCUGCAGGACAGCAAAUUCCAGCAUUUCAAACCAGUCAUGGACACCUAUAUUGAGAGCCAUUUUGCAGGUGCUCUGUCAUACAGGGAUCUCAUUAAGGUGCUGAAGUGGUAUGUCGACCGCAUUGUCGAUGCAGAGCACCAGGAGCACAUCCAGCAGGUCCUCAAGGCAACGGAGUACAUCUUUAAGUACAUUAUUCAGUCACGUCGCCUCUUCUCCCUGGCCACGGGCGGCCAGAACGAGGAGGAGUUCCGCUGCUGUAUUCUCGAGCUCUUCAUGUCCCUCCGCUUCUUCCUGUCCCAGGAGAGCAAAGGGGCCAGCCCUGUCACCCAGACCCAGGCGGUGUUCCUGAGGACGUUUCCUGCGGUGUACUCCGAGCUGCUGAAGAUCUUCACCGUGCGAGAGGUGGCCAAUUUUGUGCGCGAGACCCUGGGCAGUCUACCAGUACUCGCGCACGCUGACUGCCCCCUAGAGGCUGUCAAGCUGCAGUGCAUCGCCAAGACCGUGGAGAGCCAGCUGUACACCAACCCUGAGUCGAGGGGCAUUCUGCUGCCGGUGGUCCUGCAUCAUCUCCAGGUUCACAUGCAGGAGCAGAGAGACCUGGUCAUGUGUGCCCGCAUCCUCAGCAGCACGUUCACCCUUAUCAAGAAGGAAAACACGGAGUUUGCGGCGUCUGAAGAAGUGGUGGUGGUGGUGGAGAGCCUGCUGGGCGUGCUGCUCAGGACCAUAUUAGAGAUCACCAACCGGCCCCAGCCGGCGGGAACCGCCCUGCGCCUGCAGUUCCAGGAUGUCACGGGCGAGUUUGUUGCUUGUCUCCUGGCUCUGCUUCGACAGAUGACGGAUAAACAUUACCAGCAACUUCUGGAAAGCUUCUCCAAUAAGGAUGAUCUGAGGGACUUCCUCCUCCAGAUCUUCACUGUAUUUCGUAUUCUCAUCCGACCAGAAAUGUUCCCAAAAGACUGGACUGUGAUGCGGCUGGUCACCAACAAUGUCAUCAUCACCACAGUACUUUAUCUCUCAGAUGCUCUGAGGAAGAACUUCCUGAAUGAAAAGUUUGAUUACAAGGUGUGGGACUCUUAUUUCUACCUCUCUGUGAUCUUCAUAAACCAGCCCUGUCUCCAGCUGGAGAUGUUCUCUCCGUCUAAGAGGAAGAAAAUUCUGGAAAAGUAUGGAGACAUGAGGGUGAUGAUGGGCUGUGAGAUCUUCAGCAUGUGGCAGAAUUUAGGGGAGCAUAAGCUCAACUUCAUUCCAGCCAUGAUUGGCCCUUUCCUGGAAGUGACCCUGGUCCCUCAGCCUGACCUCCGCAAUGUCAUGAUCCCCAUCUUCCACGACAUGAUGGACUGGGAGCAGAGGAGAAGCGGGAACUUCAAACAGGUGGAGGCCAAGCUGAUAGACAAACUGGACAGCUUGAUGUCGGACGGCAAGGGAGACGAAACGUACAGAGAGCUGUUCAACAGCAUAAUACCUCUGUUUGGCCCGUAUCCUAGUCUGCUGAAGAAGAUCGAGAGGGAGACCUGGAGGGAGAGCGGCGUCUCCCUAAUCGCCACUGUCACCCGACUAAUGGAGAGACUGCUGGAUUACAGGGACUGCAUGAAGGUAGGAGAGGUGGAUGGAAAGAAGAUAGGCUGCACUGUCAGUCUGCUGAACUUCUACAAAACGGAACUGAACAAGGAGGAGAUGUACAUCCGCUACAUCCACAAGCUGUACGAGCUGCACUUGAAAGCGCAGAACUACACAGAGGCCUCGUACACACUCCUGCUGUACGACGAGCUUCUGGAGUGGUCCGAGCGGCCGCUCCGAGAGUUCCUCAACUACCCCAUGCAGACCGAGUGGCAGCGGAAGGAGUACCUGCACCUCACCAUCAUCCAGAACUUUGACAGGGGCAAGUGUUGGGAGAAUGGCAUCAUUUUGUGCAGGGAGUUGGCAGACCAGUACGAGGCGUACUAUGACUACAGGAACCUCAGCAAAAUGAGGAUGAUGGAGGCCUCCCUAUAUGACAAAAUUAUGGACCAGCAGCGACUGGAGCCUGAGUUUUUCAGAGUCGGUUUUUAUGGCAGGAAGUUCCCCUUCUUUUUACGGAAUAAAGAGUUUGUGUGUCGGGGACAUGACUACGAGCGACUGGAGGCCUUCCAGCAGCGCAUGCUGAAUGAGUUCCCCCAUGCCAUCGCCAUGCAGCACGUCAACCAGCCCGACGAGACCAUUUUCCAGGCCGAGGCUCAGUACCUGCAGAUCUACGCAGUCAGCCCCAUCCCGGAGAGCCAGGACGUUCUGCAGCGGGACGGGGUGCCCGACAACAUCAAGAGCUUCUACAAGGUCAACCACAUCUGGCACUUCCGCUACGACAGGCCCUUCCACAAGGGGACCAAGGACAAGGAGAACGAGUUCAAGAGCCUGUGGGUGGAGCGGACCACUCUGACCCUGGUGCAGAGUCUGCCUGGCAUCUCACGGUGGUUUGAAGUGGAGAAACGGGAGCUGAUUGAGAUGAGCCCUCUGGAGAACGCCAUAGAAGUGAUGGAGAACAAGAAUGCGCAGCUGAGGACCCUGAUCUCUCAGUGCCAGACCCGCCAAAUGCACAACAUCAACCCCCUCACCAUGUGCCUCAACGGAGUCAUCGACGCCGCUGUCAAUGGAGGACUCACCCGCUACCAAGAGGCGUUCUUUGUGAAGGACUACAUCGUAAAUCACCCGGAGGACGGCGAGAAGAUCGGACGGCUCAGAGAGCUCAUGUUUGAGCAGGCCCACAUACUGGAAUAUGGGCUGGCUGUGCAUGAGAAGUUCGUACCACAGGACAUGCGGCCUUUGCAUAAGAAACUGGUGGAUCAGUUCCAUUUGAUGAAGUCCAGUUUGGGAAUACAGGAGUUUCCAGGCUACGUGCGCGCCAGCCCGGUUCACUUCACCAACGGCAGCCCGCGCGCAUGCAGGAAUUCGGUGCCCAACGCCAUCAGCCCAGAUGGUGCCCGCGUGGUGGCGAGGCGCAGCCCCCUCAGCUACCCCGCUGCAAACCGCUACUCCUCGUCCUCGCUGUCGUCCCAGGCCUCCAACGAAGUGAGCAACAUCACGGGCCAGUCGGAGAGCUCGGACGAAGUCUUCAACAUGCAGCCAAGCCCAUCUACCUCAAGCCUAAGUUCGAAUCACUCUGCCUCUCCCAAUGUGACCAGCUCGGCCCCCUCCAGUGCUAGAGGGUCACCGCUCCUGUCGGACAAAAACAAACAUUCCAGAGAGAAUGCCUGCCUCUCUCCCCGAGACAGACCCUGCAGCGCCAUCUUCCCCAACCCCCAAGACCCCACACAGAGGACGUUACCACAUCAGAUAGGGGACACUUCGUUACCACGGAGUGACCCCAGUCUCUCCACACCCGAGAAAGUAUCGAACGCCACCCCGAGUAGCUGGAGUCUAGACAGUGCUAAAGAAGCUAACACACAAUUAUCAGACACUGUUGGAAAGUUGGUAUCACCCCCUGUCCCUCCUAGACCUCCAUACCCAGGGUCGCCGGCAAGGAACUUGAGGUCCCUGUCACCUGUCCCGACGCCCAGGUCCCCGCAGAAGAGCUCGGCGCCCCCCUUCACGCCCUCCCCGACCGAGUGCCAGUCGGCGGGGCUGGUGUCCAACUCGCCGGCGCUGUCCGGGAGCUACAGCAGCGGCAUCUCCUCACUGAGCCGCUGCAGCGUGUCGGAGACGUCGGCCAACGAGGCGCCGCCAGGCGAGCCGGCCCUCACCACGUCCAUCUCCAGCGGCUCGGACGAGCUCAUCCGCCGGGAGAACAAGACGCCGCCGCCCUACAGCGUGUACGAGCGCAACAACCCACGCCGCCCCGUGCCCCUACCUCACAGCCUGUCCAUCCCGCCCGGCGUCGACCCGCCCGCCCUGCCUCCCAAACCCCACCAGCAGCGCACCGGGAAGCUGGACGCCGACCCCCGCCGGGGCGAGCCCUUCCCCCGCCCCCGGCCCCUGCCCAGGAAGGUCUCGCAGCUGUAGCGCCCUCUGGGGGGUGACUUCGGCACAUUUUGCACAGUUAAGUUUUAGCGUUACGCUGAUCCCGUCCCCAUCCCGAGGAGCAUGCAAGAGAUUGAAGAUAAAAAGGUACUUCUUUUGAAAGAGGGCCUUCUGUUUACUGAGCCAAUCAGUACUUUGCAUCUGGCGGGUCCACAUUUUAAAUCUCAUUUACAGAAAAGUUCUGCAAACUAACACAUUGUUACAUAUUUUUGAUAGAUGUAAAAAAAUACUGCUACAUGUAUAUAUUGGAUAAAAGACUAACAGGGUUUUUUGCCUUAAAUAUUAAAAGUAGAAUCUUUGGUGAAGGUGUGCAGCAAGUAUUGCAGCUCAUUGAAAAAAACUGUCUACUUUUCUAGAUGGCUCAAAGGUGCUAGAAGUUUCCUUUAUGUCAUUCAGUGUUGCCCAGUAACUAACAGUGUCGCCUGAUGGUUAGGUAUACUUUACAAUAUGUUAAAUCUGUGGGAUUUUCCAAGUAUUGUGCCAAAGGACCAUAUAUGCUUUUACUAUAUGUAAGUAGAACUUUAGGCUCUAGCUGAGUAACUGGAAAUGCUCUGCUGAAGUACCACUGGCCUGUGUUUGCGCUCAGUGACGUGCUUUUCCAUUCCAUGUACAGGUUGUGAAAGCAGUUUCAGCCUUCUGGUUGCAUGAAGCCUGUAUAAAGCAAUAUAAGCACUGUACCAUGAGAGGAGGUGAUGUAGACAAAGCACAAUUGCAGCAGUAUUCUGACAGGAUUGCUAAAUCAAUAACAGUCCCUCAACAGAGCAGCCACUUUCUUAUCAUUAUGGGCAUUUCCUAAUAUGGUGUAUGAGAUGUACAGUAAUAUUUUUAGAUGUCGUCAUAUUAGACUGCCAAAGCCCUCACAUGCAAGGGCUUCCACUCUUACAAAAUACAUUCUAUUUGGAAAGCUUUGUCAGGAUUUUACGUAAAGCAAAGUUUAGCUACUUGUUUGUAGUCAAACCUUUUUUCAGAUAUUUUUAUUUCAUAUUUGUUUGGCUCAUAUGAACUGUUGCUGACAAAAUACCCUGUAAAUGCAAUUCCUGUUCUAGAGUAUUUAGAUAGUUGUGGGCCCCAACGCCCAUAAUAUGAAAGUGUUUUAUUGUGAGCAAACAUUGUUUUGUAAUAUUUGA